AUGAACUCACCACAACGCGAGCAGUGGAAGAGCGCUAUCGACACCGAGAUGGGUAAUCUCGCCGAGCACAAAGUCUCUAAGAAAGUACGCAUUAGCCUGGUACCGAAGGAUGUGGACAUCUUCGACACACGCUUCGUGUUCAAGAUCAAGGUCGACAGCCGCUUCAAGGCCCGCUUAGUCGCGGGGGGACACCGCCAACGAGCAGGACGACACUUCGGAAGGAACUACGCUCCAGUAACCCGAUUGGGUAGCAUCCGCAUGCUAUUCGCCAUCGCUUGCGAACACGGAUGGGAGGUGUACCAAUUGGACGUGGUAGCUGCAUUCCUGAACGCGUACACCGACAGAGACGUCUACGUCAGGCCGGCGCCAGGCGACGAGGAGAGGGACCCUACGACAGGUGAAAUGAUGGUCUACAAACUGGAGAAAAGUCUGUACGGCCUGUCACAGUCCCCGUCACUGUGGAACGACGCCAUCAAUGACAGACUCAUCAUCUUCGGCUGGCAGCGCACUCACUCUGACCCCUGUGUCUACAUCUUCGUAAGCGGGGACGAACUCACAAUCCUCGCGAUCUACGUCGAUGACAUCCUCAUCACGGGCGGAAACAAGGAGAUCGUAUGCAAGUAA